GGAAGUGGGGGGCUUCUGUGUGGGAUCUUCCCCAAUCCCUUCUGCCUGGUUUCCUGCUAUAGAUUUUAAAAAGCAGCGCACACAGCCGCAUAAAAAUCAUUCCAUGCUCCAUCUUGAUUUACUGUGGUCUGCUCAGACAGAACUUUUCAUCCUGGGACCUGUCAUCACUACAGGCAGUACCUCUGUCUUUUAGAAAUUAUGUAUGUAUAGCAGGCUGGUCAGGGUUUGGAUGGUAGUUCAUGGAUUAGCCAGUGUAUGUACAUAUUGCUGACACAUCUCUGAAAUGAGCUGUGAACAAAGCAGUAACUGACUUCAGUGAGGCAGAGGAGAAAAAACAGCCAGUUAAUUAAGGGGAGAGAUCAAUGUUUGUAAAGCAGGCUGAAGGUGAACAGUGGUGCUGGAACUAGAGGUUCUGGGAGUGCUGCUGCACCCACUAGCAGUAACAAAAACCAAAUACAUGAUUUCCAUCAUCAGCAGCCCCACUAUAAAAAUUGCAGCACCCCUGACGAUAUAUAAAUGCUAACGAUGAAUUAUUAGAGGGACUCAGGUGGUCUGGAACAGAGUAAGCAGGCUCCCCAAGGGGCGUGAGUGGAAACGGGCCCUAAAAGCAGUCUGAGGUAGCAUCCAGGGGUGGCCCUUCGAGAUGUUCCACGUGUUUAAUGUAUUGUGUGUGGUCUGGAACCUGCCCCACUGAACUUGAGCGAUGGGGAAACAAUGACUGGUGAGAGCUAUGAGUAGCUACGUCCUCCCCGCCGCUCCUUCCUUUUUCUCUGUGGCGACCAACCGCAGCAAGAGGGUGCGCGCACCUCAAACCCUCGACCCCCGCAAUUGAGCGCGAGCUGUCCCACUGCCACCGGCGGUUAGGCAGUUGAGAUCGUUGGGUCUGUCAGGCCGGGAGCGCGCAUAGCCACUUGCGCCGCGGACGAUUCAAUUGUAGGCGCGCGCGCGCGGUCCUUCAUCACCCCGCGCCUGCGCGGUGGGCUCACCCUCCCCGCCCCCGCCUACAGAGUGAGGAAUUUAUGCGCAUGCGUUUUCUCCCUUCCUUCUCUGUGGUGGUGCCUGUUGUUCCCUCCCCCUCCUCGGGUCAGGUAGCCGCUGCUGAAUGACAGUAAUCCAGACCGGGUGAGCUGCUGGAGCGGCCCCGAGCGCGGGAGCCCGCCUGGUGGACGGAGUGGUUCCUUCCCCGCUUCGUCUCCUUCGCAGUUCAUUAAACUUGCUGCUUUAAAUAGUCCUAUCCUUCUGGUGGAUCCAUGCAUGCAUUGUGAGAGGCAGGGGCCGCUUCCUUGCAUGACUGCGUGCAGAUACUAUGGCAGAAAGCUAUCGCCUCCUGCUGCACCCUCUACCGAUUAACUUUUGGGCUGAGGUCAGAGUCAACUUUGAGCACUGCUACUUUUGAAUGGUGGUGGUGAAGGAGGAUACAGAGAACAGGAGUGGUUCAUGUCCAGAUUGAAGACUUGCCCCCUGACACUUCUGUCUUACAUCUCAUCUGAUGCAGUGGGGUCCAAGGGAUGUACCAGUCUUCAGGCAAUGGAAGUGGGGAAAUCACUGGGUGCUGGAGCACCAUGAGGAGAAUUCAGGAAUGUGGGAGAGGUGCAUCAAAGCAGCUACUGCAUUAUUGUGCCAACAAAGUAGUAAGACGAGCACAUUCGUAGGAAUGAUUACUCUGUUGCCUUGGAAAUGAAGUGACUACCCUGCUGCUGUAAAUGUAGGGCAGAUGAUCAAUGGUGUAAGCAGUAUGGAGCUAAUGAACGGGCAGUCGAGCAAUGUUAAUAUUGCCGCUACUGCUUCAGAGAAGAGUAGCAGCUCUGAAUCCUUAAGUGACAAAGGGUCUGCUGAACUGAAGAAAAGCUUUGAUGCAGUGGUAUUCGACGUUCUCAAGGUUACGCCAGAAGAAUACGCCGCUCAAGAGGGAAUCCUGUAUGUGGCUUUCUGUUCCAGAGCUUGUUUCCAAGGGUCAGAUAACACUAAUGGAUGUCCCAGUAUUUAAAGCUAUUCAGCCAGAGGAAUUGUCAAGUUGUGGGUGGAAUAAGAAAGAGAAGUACAGUUCUGCUCCAAAUGCAGUUGCCUUCACAAGAAGAUUCAACCAUGUAAGCUUCUGGGUCGUUAGAGAGAUUCUUCAUGCACAAACUUUAAAAAUAAGAGCUGAAGUUUUGAGUCACUAUAUUAAAACUGCUAAGAAACUUUAUGAGCUGAAUAACCUGCAUGCCCUUAUGGCAGUGGUGUCUGGAUUGCAAAGUGCCCCCAUCUUCAGGCUGACUAAAACUUGGGCGUUAUUGAGCCGAAAAGACAAAACUACCUUUGAGAAGUUGGAGUAUGUUAUGAGUAAAGAAGAUAAUUACAAACGACUUAGAGACUAUAUUAAUAGCUUGAAGAUGACUCCUUGUAUUCCUUAUUUAGUAGACUCUAAAGGUGGUACUUCCUGCUGUCAUGUUCACCUGCAACGUGCUUCAGAGAAAACUGCAAUUCCUUAAGAUCUGACCCAAAGCUACUAAUAUCCAGUGGGGGCUUUCUGUUAAGACUCUCACUGACUUGAAUUAGCUUUGGAUCAGCAGCUCUGUAGCCAAAGAGGCUGUGAGUUUUUAUAUAUAUGAUGGCAAUAUGUUAUUGCCAGAACUUGUAACAGUCUUCAAGUAUGUAAAAAGUUGCUGUAAAAAAGAGGGUGAUAAAUUGUCCUCCUUAACCCUUGAGGACAGGGUAAGAAAUAAUGGGCUCAAAUUGCAGCAAGGGAGAGUUAGGUCAACAUAAGGAAAAACUUCCCAACUGUAAGUGAA